AUGGCUGAAAAGCUAGAUUGGUUGGCUGUUGUUAGUCAUUAUAUGAAGAACAUUAAUGAUGACAACACAAAGCAGAUAGAUUUUAUUUUAACUUUCAAAAAUGAUGAUGACGAAGAAGCGCGCAUGGCUCGUCAACAUUUUUUCCAAUCCCUUAUAAAGUAUGGACUAAUAUGUCAAGAAUUAUUCACUAAAGAUGAUAUAACAUUCGUUGAAAUAAAAACUCCACUGUACCUCUUAUGCUCUGAAGGUAACAGGAUCGGUAUCAUGCUGGCUUCACCUGUGAAAAGUUCAUAUGAAGAUCAAAAGUCAGGUGGCUAUAUGUUUAAAAAGUUUUUCAAGUUCAAAAGAAAAUUUCUAAGUGAAAUUUCAGUUGACUACUUGUCAAUGCCAAUAAGAAGGGAGACAGCAAGGAUAUGGAGUGCAAUUGCUUCAUCUUCUGGUGAGUCAGCCAUUUUCAGGUCAUCACAGAGAUCUCUACUGACAUAUUUCAUCAUGAACAGAGUUGAUUUGUUUGAAGAUGACGACGAUGAUGACAGUAAGAGUUAUCUUUCCUAUGUUGGUCAUCAUAAUAACAAUGCCAACAUGACCUCUGGUAUGGGCUAUUAUAAUCAUGCUAACAAUCUUAGUACAGGUAGAGAUGCCAAUGAUAGCAAUAAUAAUGAUAACGAUGUUGGUAACAAUGAAGAGUACAAUGAUAACAAUUACAAUGUAAAUGGUAAUGCAAAUAUCAAUGCUAGUGGGUAUGAGAUAAGAAGUGGCGAUGAUGAAGAUGCUGAAAAAAUGUGGAGAUCCACAAAAGGUUUGAAUCACAUGCUUCUGAAGAAUUACAUAGAAGAUGCAUUCCCACUGCACGAGUACACAUAUUUCAAUGGCACUACGUCUGAUGAUCGUGACACUGACGCCAACAACAGCAACAAUGCAAUCAAUCCACAAGUAGAUGACAUGCAUGAAAUGAUAUCACCUUCUUCUUCUUCUUCUUCUUCUAACCCUUACGCUCGAUCAUCUUCCAAAGGAGAAUGGACAUCAGCUAAACUGGAGCUGUAUGAUCGGUGGAUGAAGAUACACAAGUUUCAGCCAGUGAAUGGUAUAAGGAAUUAUUUUGGAGAGAGGAUUGCACUGUACUUUGCGUGGUGCGACGUUCUAAUUGCUUCUCUGCUGGUCCCCAUGAGGAGUGGCAGGCCAAGAACAGGUACAUUUUUCCUUGAACUGUGGAAGCGUCGAAAUGCAACGUUAGCCUACAUUUGGGACGUGUAUUCAUUCGAAGACCAUGAACCAGAUCGUCCACAGCAUGUCCUAAGUGGUGGCAAGGAGCGCUCACUCCUCAUCACAUACUCUGUCUCCAUGGCUACCAUACUCUUCAUGGUCUGCGUAGUAUUCAUUAUAACGGCGGCACUCAUCUUGUACCGUGUCGUCAUGACAAUUGACUUUUGCCCGAAUGUUCCCUCUACGAGUUGUCUCUUGGUGUCUGUCAUUGUGGCUACCAUCCUAAACACCAUCGGCAUCAUGGUUCUCAACAAGGUGUACAAAUGGGUGGCCACCCGCUUAACUGAUUGGGAAAAUCGAAGAACUCAGACGGAUUACGACGACGCUAUCAUUUUAAAACUGUUCGCUUUUGAAUUCGCGAAUUCGUACACGUCGUGUUUCUACAUUGCCUUCUUCAGAGGGCUAAAGUUGAAAGAUGGUUUGUUUGGAUUGGGUAGCAAGUACAACGACAACUGUGGUGAGUCUAGUGAUGUUUCAUGCAUGCCCAUGUUAUCAUUCCAAAUUCUUACACUCAUGCUCAUGAAACCACUUCCGAAGUUCUUCACCGAUCUCCUGCUACCUUUUUUAAAGAAGCACUUUGCGAAAUGUUCGAAUCGAGUUAGCAAGCGCUCUGAAUCAUCAAACAACCAUGCUCACAUUGAGAGGGAGUACCAUAAAGUUCCUAUUGGUGACUUCACCACCUCUGAAUACACUGAGAAAGUUUUGCUCUAUGGUUACCUCAUGUUGUUUGCGGCCUCGUUUCCUCUUGCUCCGCUCAUCACUGUCUUCUUCCUCAUUAUCGACACUCGACUUGACGGCAAAAGGUUGAUAAAAACCAAUAGAAGACCCGUUGCAUUCAUAUCGCAAGAUAUCGGUCGAUGGUUCGAUAUUUUGAAUUUCAUAAACAUCGUCGGAGUCGCAGUGAAUGCAUUCCUCAUCGCUUUCACGUCAGCCUGGGCCAACAAGUACUCAUUGGAUACAAAAUUGAUCAUUGUGUUAAUCUUUGAGAACGUGGUGUAUGCCUUGAAAUAUAUGAUUGCCAUUUUGAUUCCCGACACUCCGAAGUCUAUCAAAGACGCGUAUAGAAAAGACGUCUUCAAGUUAGAAAAACUAAUAUCUGAUGCAAAUAAAUCUCAGGCCAAAAUGAUGGUCUUUAUUAACAUUAACAAAACAUAUGAAUCCAUCACUAGUCAGUAUAUCGCAAGCGGAUAUACGUAUGGUUUUGUCAGGAUGUCCAAAAAUGAUUUUGUUAACCAUUUAUUGCGUUUAUAA